GUUGUCUCUUAGGAGUGAACUACAGACUUUGUUGGUGAAGACUUUCAGAACAAUAUAUGAUGUUUGUGAUAAGACAUUAAAGCUGAAGCCUGCACAUCUAAACAAGGACAUAGUGAAGGAGGCAGAGGACAUCUAAACAAGGACAUAGUGAAGGAGGCAGAGGACAUCUAAACAAGGACAUAGUGAAGGAGGCAGAGGAGACCAGCCCAUGUUUCCUCUCCUUACAUGAGACGAGGAGGAGGCUCCUCUUAGUUACCUUUUUAGGCGCUACAGCCACUGAGGAGCUGGAAGUCAGCUGGGGCGACUCCUCGGGCAGGAGUCCUUUUAAGGAACCAUCAAGGAGAUCUCCACCCGACCCGGGCUGGCUCUGAAUACUACAUUACCCAUGAGCCUUAGCGAUGGUGACGACUGUGGCCCAGUGGUCAGCAGGCCCGUGCUUCAGGUUCUGCGAUUGGAUGGCUUUUGUCAGUGAAAUGCACUCUGGGAGUUGUAGUUGACUUCUCUUUUACUUGUCACCUCUGAGUACUGGUUGGUUCCCAUCAAGUCCAGGUCCAGGUCCAGGUCCAGGUCCAGGUCCAGGUCCAGGUCCAGGUCCAGGUCCAGGUCCAGGUCCAGGUCCACCAGACUGAAUGCUGGUUUACUGUCUGGAGCCAGCUGCUGUAUCAACCAAUCGGGUUCGAGCAGGUUGAACGCAGUGACCUCACUGAUCACUAAUCACCGAUCAAUAACCCAGCGCUCCCUGCAGCCAUGUGUGAUGAUGAGGAGAGCACCGCUCUAGUCUGUGAUAAUGGAUCCGGUCUCUGUAAGGCCGGCUUCGCUGGAGACGACGCCCCCAGAGCCGUCUUCCCCUCCAUCGUGGGCCGGCCCCGCCACCAGGGUGUGAUGGUGGGUAUGGGACAGAAGGACAGCUAUGUUGGAGAUGAGGCUCAGAGUAAAAGAGGAAUCCUGACUCUGAAAUAUCCCAUUGAGCACGGAAUCAUCACCAACUGGGACGACAUGGAGAAGAUCUGGCAUCACUCAUUCUACAACGAGCUGCGAGUGGCACCAGAGGAACAUCCCACCCUGCUGACUGAAGCUCCACUCAACCCCAAAGCCAACCGGGAGAAGAUGACUCAGAUCAUGUUCGAGACCUUUAAUGUUCCGGCCAUGUACGUGGCCAUCCAGGCCGUCCUGUCUUUGUACGCCUCCGGACGCACCACAGGUAUCGUGCUGGACUCUGGGGACGGCGUGACUCACAACGUGCCGAUCUACGAGGGCUACGCUCUGCCUCACGCCAUCAUGAGGUUGGACCUGGCGGGUCGCGACCUCACCGACUACCUCAUGAAGAUCCUGACGGAGCGCGGCUACAGCUUCGUCACCACGGCGGAGCGGGAGAUCGUGCGGGACAUCAAGGAGAAGCUGUGCUACGUGGCGCUGGACUUUGAGAACGAGAUGGGGACUGCGGCGACCUCCACCUCUCUGGAGAAGAGCUACGAGCUCCCUGACGGACAGGUCAUCACCAUCGGCAACGAGAGGUUCCGCUGCCCCGAGACCCUGUUCCAGCCCUCCUUCAUCGGUAUGGAGUCGGCGGGUAUUCACGAGACGACCUACAACAGCAUCAUGAAGUGCGACAUCGACAUCCGUAAGGACCUGUACGCCAACAACGUGCUGUCGGGCGGCACCACCAUGUACCCGGGCAUCGCCGACCGCAUGCAGAAGGAGAUCACGGCUCUGGCCCCGAGCACCAUGAAGAUCAAGAUCAUCGCCCCCCCAGAGAGGAAGUACUCGGUCUGGAUCGGCGGCUCCAUCCUGGCUUCCCUCUCCACCUUCCAGCAGAUGUGGAUCAGCAAGCAGGAGUAUGACGAAGCCGGGCCCUCCAUCGUCCACCGCAAGUGCUUCUAGAGAUCCGUCUGGGCGCCCCCCCCCCCCAUCUCAUUCUAACCCUCACUGAGGACCAGCUAAUGGGUCCCAGAUCAGAUCUAUUUAGGAAGAUGCUCAAAGGUUUUUUAUUCCGACAGCUCGUUAAAGGGAAGUGAUGUCAUCAAAUCUAGUUUCAGCUCACUCCUCCUCCUCCUCCUCCUGUGCUCACCUUGAAACUGUGAACGUUCCUCCACCUUUAACCUCCACCACCUGCUCUCGCUCCACCCGCGGCCCCGCCCCCUUCUCGAGGCCCCGCCCCCAUGUCCGUACCGUUUGUUGUCAUAAAAGAGUGUUUUUAUUUUUGAUGAAUUAAGCUUGAGCGUCGCAAUGAUGUCACAGCUGUAAUGAUGAUGUUAGCAGUGGCGUGGUGAACAGGGGGCGUGGCUCCGUGAGGUCAACAACAUGGAAGUGACAGACGACAAUAAAGAGCUUUCAUAC